CCGCACACCCACCUCCCGCCGGGUCAGGUGCGGGCGGGCGGCCGGGGCUCCCCGCGCCGCGCUGGGGGCGGCCGCGCUGCGAGGCGUGCGGGAGGUGCGGGCGAGCCGCGCUCGCUGCUCCGCGGGGCACCGGGCGGGAGAACCGGGACUCGGCUCCCCGGGCCGGCAGCGCUGAGUCGGGCGCGAUUCGCUGCUCACGGAGAAGCUCCGGGUCGGUACUCGCCCGUCCCGCCCGACGCGGGGUCUCCGGCGCGUCGGAGCUCUGCGCGACCCUCUCGAGCCUGCGGAGACCUCGGUGCCAGACUGCGGCGUGCGGGGUCGCCUCUCCCCGCCGCGUCCUGCCCCUGCCCCGAGCCUGUCACUCGGCCCCCGGCAGCGACAGCCAGCACAUGGCUGUGUGCGGCGAGCUCGCAGGGCCAUUGCAUUGCGCUGCCUCUGGCUUCGUUCGCAGUUCCCUGAGUUCUGCCUGGAGAGCCAGAGCCGCUUCUUGAUCGCUUUUAAAAAGAAAAUAAAAAAUCAAAACGAAAAAGCAAAAACCCAACCAAAUCUUUCGCACCAGAGGUUGUGGUUGCACUUUGCCAGACGGGAUUUGCGGCAAGGACCAUGCGGUGAAGCCGAGCGCCGGAGCGGGACCGCAGCCCUGCACUCUGCGAUCGCAAAGGGAAAUAACAAACAACCGGAGCAGGAGCCGCGCACCCGCCGCCUCUUCACAGAGACCUGCAUCGCAACAGCCCCGCUGCCUGCCGCAGCCUGCAGCCGCCUGAGGCUCGAUCCAGAUACUCCGCUUUGCAGGAAGGGCUGGAUUUGCUCCCCGUCGCCUCCGGACCCAGAGAGCCGUGGCCGAAGGAGAGCGCCGCUUCCACGGGCGGCGGGGGCCGCUGCAUGCUGACCCCCGGGAGGGGGGAGCUGAGGAUUUCAGAUGCAUGCCAGGUUCCCGCUGAAUGCCAGCAGCAGAGAUCACUACAGAUGGAGCCCCAAAGUCAGCAUGGCAGCGGCGGCUCCCUGGUGGUGAUUCAGCAGCCCUCCCUGGACAGCCGGCAGCGCUUGGACUAUGACAGGGACAGCCAGCCCACGACCAUCUUGUCACUGGACCAGAUCAAGGCCAUCAGGGGCAGCAACGAAUACACCGAGGGGCCGUCGGUGGUGAAAAAGUCGGGUCCGCGGACGGCGCCGAGGCAGGAGAAGCAUGAGAGGACUCACGAGAUUAUACCGAUUAAUGUGAAUAAUAACUACGAGCACAGGCCCGGCCACGCGGGGCACGUGGCGCACCAGCAUAACGCCAGGGCUCCCGUCCUGAGCCGAUCCACCAGCACGGGCAGCGCGGCCAGCUCCGGCAGCAACAGCAGCGCCUCCUCGGAGCAAGGGCUGCUGGGGCGCUCGCCGCCCUCCCGGCCGGGCUCCGGCCACAGAUCCGACCGGACGAUCCGGGCGCAGCCCAAGCAGUCGGCGCUGAUCGCGGACGAUCUGAAGGGGCCUUUGAAAGAGGACUUGACGCAGCACAAGUUCAUCUGCGAACAGUGCGGGAAGUGCAAGUGCGGGGAGUGCACGGCGCCGCGGGCCCUGCCCUCCUGCCUGGCCUGCAACCGGCAGUGCCUCUGCUCGGCCGAGAGCAUGGUGGAGUACGGCACCUGCAUGUGCCUGGUCAAAGGGAUCUUCUACCACUGUUCCAACGACGAUGAAGGGGACUCGUACGCGGAUAAUCCCUGCUCCUGCUCCCAGUCACACUGCUGUUCUAGGUACCUGUGCAUGGGAGCCAUGUCCUUGUUCCUGCCUUGCUUGCUCUGCUACCCUCCGGCCAAAGGAUGCCUAAAACUCUGCCGGGGGUGCUACGACCGCGUCAAUCGUCCGGGGUGCCGGUGCAAGAACUCCAACACGGUCUAUUGUAAACUGGAGAGCUGCCCCUCCCGGGGUCAGGGCAAGCCCUCAUGAUUUUGGGAGGGAGGUUUACUUCCUCCAACUUCAGUUUUUCAGGUUGUAGCUGAUUUUUUUUUCCCCCUCCCCCCAUCUUUUAUUCUUCCUCCUCUCCUCUCCCAUUUUGGGAGGACUGUUGCUUUCCUUUCCUUUCUGUCUGCCCAGCAUCAGACACAUGCAUUCAUCCCCUUGCAUCUUUGCUCUUCUCCUACUGACUUGGCUGAGUGUGGAGCGUUUCACGCAGUCGCUGCUGUUCUUUGGUAAGUGUGGACCUGGGUUCUGCACCUGCCGCUCCUUCAGGCAGGGUCUUUGAGUUUGUAACUGAACCACUCCUGAAAGAGACAGUGAGGGCUCACUGGGCUCUUGAAGCUUCUUGCUCUGUGAAUAUCUUCCCAAAGAUUUUUUUGUUUGGUUGGUUUUUUUUUUUGGCUUUUUUUUUUUUUUUUGUUCUCAGCAAGUUAUGGUUUUUUUCUCCUUAACCUCCUGAGUGCCAAGGGAGAAUAACUUUCCUGGAUUGUGAAAUAACUUUUUGUGUGUGUUCUUUCUGGAGAGGGAUGUAAAAUAAAGGCUUCACCAAAUGAAAGGCCUGACUCUUCUAUAAGCAGCCUGCUUCUUUUUGCAUCUUUUUUUUUUCCCUCUCUUUUUCUCUUAACUUUUGGAACAUUCUCAGACCCGAGAAUUGCCCUGCCUCCUGUUUUUUUGUUUUUGUUUUUUACAUUUUCAGUGUAACUUCAGUUUUUGCUACCCUAUGUAGAUCUUCACAUUGGAGACAUUGUGGCUGCAACAUACUCAUUUGUCAUUUGUUUCUUUUGCUGUUCAGUCUUUGAAGGAUAUUGCUUACUCCACCCUCCUAAUCCAGUUUUUAUAGUCUGUCAGUAUCAGUUGAUAUUAAAGUUGGUGGUGUUCAUAUAUCCAAACAGCCUUCAGGUGUCAUUGAGUCACCUAAAUUUUCUUGAAUUCUUCAAGUCUCUUGUGAUUCUUUGGCUUGGUGAGUUUAGCUCUGCUCUGUACUUUAUAAUUUUAUUCUGUCCCUGUUUUAUUGCCUUAGCCACAGAUUGUGGUCCUUUUUUGUAUAUUUUAUGUAUAAAACACAAAGUUGAAUCCCAACUAUUUUUAAGACAAAAGUCUGUUAAAACUUUUUUAUUGUAAAGAAUAUUUAUUAUGUGAAUCUCUAUUAUUUUAUGAUAUUUAUUUCAAAAGACUUCAAAAAUGUACUCAUGUCUGAAUAUAACAAAAUAUCAAUACUUAACGAAAUAAGGAUGACACGAAGAAAGUACAUAUGUUAACUAUAAUGCAGAAAAUAUAUUAAUUAAUGAAAA